AUGGAGAGACAAAGGAGUUUCUCUGUCAAGUCUACAAGAAUCUUAGCUUUGAUUAUCGCAACGAUUUCUUCCGCCAUUGUUUUCUUCUCUAUUUCCUUAAUCAAAUCCAACUCUUCUUCGAUUUACUCAACAUCAGAAUCGAACUUCCAGAUCGAUUUAAGCCCUAUUGCAUCCAUUUCCGAGACUAGUCACAACAACAAUCUCCAUAUCUCCAUCUCCGAUUCUUCAGUUUCUCCUCGAGCAAGUCCGAUUCUGAACUCGACCCAUUUUAACCCACCCGAAAACACUUCCGGGUCCGAGAAAAUUCCGGGUUUUGAGCAGAAGAUUCGCGGCGGAGAAGAUAAGGUAAGUGCUGAUUUGACUUCGAUUAAAGUGAUUGAGCUUCGGAGUAACAACAGUGGUGAAGAGAAGAAGAACAAGAGGAUUGAAGAGUGUGAUGUUACGAAAGGGAAAUGGGUUUACGACAGUGACUAUCCAUUGUAUACAAAUUCGUCUUGUCCGUUUAUAGAUGAAGGAUUUGGUUGUCAAAGUAAUGGAAGAUUGGAUCUUGAUUACUUGAAAUGGAGAUGGGAACCUCAAGAUUGUGAUGCUCCAAGGUUCAAUGCUACAAAAAUGUUGGAAAUGAUAAGAGGGAAGAGGCUAGUGUUUGUUGGAGAUUCAAUUAACAGAAACCAAUGGGAAUCUAUGCUUUGUAUAUUGUUUCAAGCUGUUAAAGAUCCCAAGAAAGUAUACGAAACGCACAACCGGAGAAUCACUAAAGAGAAAGGGAAUUAUAGCUUUCGUUUCGCGGAUUACAAAUGCACUGUGGAGUUUUAUGUUACUCAUUUCUUGGUUCGUGAGGGUAAAGCAAGAAUUGGAAAGAAGCGAAAAGAAACACUUAGAAUCGAUGCUAUGGAUCGAACCUCUUCGAGAUGGAAAGGUGCUAAUAUCUUAGUGUUUAAUACAGCACAUUGGUGGUCUCAUUACAAGACCAAAUCCGGGAUAAACUAUUACCAAGAAGGAGACCAGAUUUAUCCAAAGCUCGAUGUAUCAACCGCUUUCAAGAAAGCUCUGCAAACUUGGUCAUCAUGGGUCGACAAAAACAUUGAUCCAAAGAAAACCCGAGUUUUCUUUAGAAGCGCCGCGCCUUCUCAUUUCAGUGGAGGAGAAUGGAACUCAGGAGGCCAUUGCAGAGAAGCCAACAAGCUGUUGAACCAAACCUUCAAACCGAGUUACUCGGGCAAAAACAUUAUUGUUGAGGAAGUGCUAAAGCAGAUGAAAACACUGGUAACUCUCUUGAACGUUAGCGGUUUAUCUCAGUACAGAAUCGACGCUCACCCUUCUAUCUACGGAACAAAACCCGAAAACCGGCGUUCGAAAGCGGUUCAAGAUUGCAGUCACUGGUGUCUCCCUGGUGUUCCUGAUACUUGGAACCAUUUCCUUUACCUCCAUUUGCUCCAUAAACGAUAA